AGGCCCAAGGGCUGUAUCAAUCUGAACUAGAAGUGAGCAGUCUAUCGACUGGAAUCGGAGCAGAGGAAUCGAAGCGUCAAAAUGGCAUCGAUCUGCCGCUCUGCCGUAAUGGCCGCCGCGAGGUCUGUUCCCAUCCGAUCCAAAGCUGUUUUCCCCAAAACCUCGCCUUCGAGGAGAACUGCAAUUUUCUGCAGGCCUCUCGUUCCGGCUUUGGGAGGCGUGUAUUCACUUAUCCCUCUCCACAGCGCCAUCGCUUCUGCCCGUCUAAUAUCCAACAUAGCGGUGGAUACAUCCUGCUGGAGCUGGGUUUCUCAAGGACUUGCUUCACCUUCCUGAUCAAGUUAUGAUGACUUUGUGUGGAGCAACAUAUUUCUGGAGUUUGUGAGCCACUGUUAGAUGAAACAUUUAGCUUUGAAGCAUUUAGUUGUAUCAAGCAGUAAAAUAUUAUGUCAUUCAGUAGCAAAUUUUGGCUCUUAAGUGAUUUUUUUUUUUUGUGAAAUUUACACUUUCAUAGUGGGAUUUUCUUUAAUUUGAUGAAUGCAGUCUCGUAUUGAAUUUUGUUCUGUUGUAUAUGCAGACUAUUUGUUUAUAAAAAAAAAAAACGUUUGAAAGGAAAA